AUGGACGAUAUUAUUAGCGUGGGUCGUUCAAAUGGUAAAAAUGGCGUUCGUAUGGUUUAUUUGUCGUCAAAAUCGCCGUCAGUGCCGAAUUUGAACGAGGCCUUUUAUGGGGAUUUCAGAAGACGUAUAUCUCCUGAAAGACCGCAAAGCCACCUAUCUCCAACUCCCCUGGCUGAAGAACAGACCAAUGCAAGCUUGAUCGAUCUGUACGGUGACGACGAAAACGGGAAAGACGAAAACGAACCUGAUGACGCAGAGCAAGAAGAUGGCAGGAAUUCAGAAUUGCCUGUCAGUCCCACGCUUUCGCCGUCUGUGACAACUCCAGCACAGGGUUCUAACGAAGAGGCUCCCAAGGACUUUUCGCAGUAUGAUCGCUACGGAUUCAAGAAACAAAAUGCCCACAUCACACAAGAGCAAUAUCACGAAUGGUGGGACGAAUACUCACGGUACUGCAUCCGCAGGAAACGUAAAUGGCAAGACCUGCUUGCCAAAAGUGGCCUUGCCCUCUCAGACAAUGACAUUCCUGAUAGAUUUCCACCAAGGAGUGAGAAAUUGAAGCGUUACGUUCGUAAAGGCAUUCCCGCAGAAUGGAGGGGACAAGCUUGGUGGCAAUUCGCUCGUGGCCAAGAAAAGCUCAACAGAAAUAAAGGUGUCUACGACAAGCUACUGGCUAGCCUUAAUGACCGAAAUGACAAAGUCUUUAGCAGAGAUCUGGAGGUGAUCGAACGAGACUUGCAUAGAACAUUUCCGGAAAACAUUCAUUUCCAAAAACAACCUAAUGAUAACGAAGAGCCUUUAAUGAUCCAAUCACUGCGCAGAGUGCUUUUAGCAUUUUCUGACUAUAAUCCUAAGAUCGGCUACUGCCAAUCGAUGAACUUUCUAGCGGGUUUACUUCUGCUCUUCUUGGAUGAGGAAAAAACAUUCUGGAUGCUCGUUAUCAUAACAUCGCGAUAUUUACCUGGGGUACACAACAUUAAUCUAGAAGGAGUAAACAUUGACCAAGGUGUACUUAUGCUUUGUGUCAAGGAAUAUCUACCGGACUUUUGGCAACGGAUCGUGACCAAAGAGCAAAGCCGAAAUUACGAGUUCCUUUAUAAACUACCCCCAAUCACUUUGUGCACGGCGAGUUGGUUCAUGAGCUGCUUCGUGGGGAUUGUGCCCAUAGAGACAACUUUAAGAAUCUGGGACUGCUUAUUUUACGAAGAGUCGCACGUACUGUUCAAAAUGUCGCUGUCCAUAUUGAAAAUCUGCGAUCAAGAAGUUGCUGCUGCUCGCCGGGUCAUGCGAAACCGGGUCACUAACAAGGAUGACAGUGAUAUCGAGAUUUUCCAAGCCAUACAAUCGGUUCCCAAAAAGUUGCUCGACCCUCAAACGAUCUUUGAGCGUGUUAUUUUCAAGAGGCGGCUUUCGCUCAACAACCUCAACCAGGAGGAGAUUGACAGAUGUCGCAGAUACGUAUCUUCACAACGGCUUAAGCUCAAAAACUACGCCGACAUAAUGGGCGAUAAGCCUAUCACGAAAGAUAGCACAAAGAGAGACAUUUCGAUUGGACCAGACUUUGUUGAAAACGCACUGUCUUCAGAGGUAUACGGUUUCAGAAGAAGCCUAACGACUGCUCAUUGGAAUAACAGCAUAAAGGAAAAGGUUCGGCAAAUUCGAAGAAAGUGA